AAAAACUAAAGAAAAUAAAUCAGUGCUUAUGUAAAUAUGGAAAAAAAAUUUUAUCCGAGAAAUUCACGUUUAGAAUAAAAUCCUUUUGCUGAAGAAUCCACAGAAAUUGUUUCGAUUUUGUCUCUUAAGAACUAAAUACUUUUUCGUCAAUAGCAGAUGGCCAGAGAUUUUUCAAUAAAUUGAAGGACGCAAAGAAAAAAUACCUAAAAUGACGUUCGAUAAUUUAGCAAAUCCAAUAGAAGCCGUGAGUUUGAUUCCAAUUUACACUUAUUUCAAUUUACUCAGCGAUUUUCUAUUCAGCGAAAAUUAUUUAUCAAUCGAUGAUCGACAAAGUCAAAUUCCGGUCGUUAAUGGACUUUACAAGUAUUUCGACGAACGUCCAAAUAAUACUGAAGAAUUAAUUCGAAGUUUAUUGCAAGGUAGCGAUUUGUAUGGAGAAAAAAGUGAUGAAACAUUGGACGAAAUUUUCGUGAACACCAUGUUCGACCACAUAAUCAGUUCUUUUGUCUUCAGCAAAUUUGGAAAUAUUUACGGCUUUCUGGCAGAAGUUGUUCGAAAAACGGACAAUUUAAAAAUAGACGAUUUACUCCAGGAAUUUAGGACCAGUCUUAGUAACUCAAUAUUUCAGAAUGAAAACGGUAACAUCUCGUCACUAACUCCUUUAGCUGUCGAUCGAAUAUUUACCGAUCUAAUUUUGCCCUUAUUUCCAAAAUCAAAGAAUAUUGAUCACAGUCUGCUGUCACUUGAUUACAUUUACGCACAAGCAGGUUCAAUUUUACUGAGAUCAGGCAGAAAUUAUGCUACUUAUUAUUCCAGCAGAGACUCCGAAAAAAUCGAAAUUAAUCAAAAAACUCUAUUCGAAGAAUAUUUACUAAUUGGCCAUUUACUUGAAGAAUUAAUCAUCGACAGGCAAAUUGAAAAUUUUAACGUGACCGCUUUUGCUCUCCCAGCGCUUCUCCUCUACGUUCGCAAAGAAAAAAAUAGCCUAGAACGAGAAAAAAUGGUGAAUAUCAUUUCAAUUCCAGAACAUUGGCUAAAAGCCUACCAUUCCUUUUUUUCAUUUCUAGAUUCGACGUACAAUAAACUCGAUUCUCUUCUAAAAAUCGACACUAUGUACAAUCUUCACUACGAAUUAACGCAAUACAAAACAUUUAUCACUCUCGCUCUAUAUUUCAUGGACGAAGAUCCCUUUUGUAAACUGAUACCUGAAGAUGAAAGAUUGGUCCUCGUUUCUGGUUAUUUAAAAACUCCGGACCAAUUUGAAUGCAAAGUUGGACACGUCUUACCAAAUUUGAAUAAACAAUUUAUGACAAAUAUUAUUAAUAUAAUCGAGGCGUAUAAAAAAUUUGAUAAGAAAUUAAUCACAUCAGCAUUGACGAUUUUCUUUCAAACAUGGGACCCGAAAACUGAAGUGUUUUUAGUGACAGUGGAUAAUACAACGUCUAGUCCUUUCAUAGAUAGAAUAAAAUACACCCACGAUUUAAUUGCAGUUUAUUUCCCUAACAAUGGAACAAUAAAUUUUUUCUCUCUAGAACGAAGUGACUACAAUGUAAAAAUAAUGAAAACUCAAAUUCAUCCUGAAAUAUCUCAACAAGGAUUCGCUACAUCAAUUCAAGAGUUUGAACGAAAAAAAAAUAUUCUUGACCAAAUUGCUCCAAUUGCGGAUAAAAUAGUACAAAAUAGAAAUUUUCUAUUAAAAGCCCUGUUGCUGACAACAAUACACGAAACAUUACCAACAGACUGGUGGAAAGAAUACGGUUUAUCCUUGGUACCACUUUAUCCAUGUCUAUCAGGCAAAAUAAAAAAUAUUCUAUACGAGGAGAAAGAUCCCUGCGAAAUUGACGCAUUCACCAUGUAUUCUCUCCAAACAGAAAAAAUAGACAGCAUUUCGAAAUAUUUAAUCCAAAAAGAUACGGAAACUAUACUAAGAGUAAUAGGCACGAGUAUAAAAUCACUGAGUUUAAAAUACUUAAUUAGAAAAUUAAUCAAAGACGAAAGAACCGAAAUUUUUCCCAACUUUCAACAGUAUCAUAAAUACGAAAGAUAUUCCACUGCUUUAAAAGACGAACUAAGUUUACAGUCUGACAAAUUAUUACAUUUAUCGAAUCUAUGGAUCGAGUCUUCGCCAAAAGUAAAAAAGUUAAUUGACAUUCUCCAGAAUAAUAUUCUCUAUGUAAAAAUUACAACUUCCUUGGAGUACAGAUCGAUACUCGGUAUGUUAAAAAAUGUAAAAAAAUUCUUCAUCGACUUCUCUAUAAUGUCCCUUGACAAGCGUGAAUUUUCCUAUAUAGAUUUAUACGUAUUGUCGAAUUACAAAACAGGUGAUUCGGGUUAUGGUUAUAAAUAUUUUAUGCUCUAUUACACGAAAGCUGCGAGUUUAAGAACAAUCGACGAACGUGGAAUGACAAAUAAAAUCCUACUCAUACUAAAUAAUACAAUUUCACCAGAGGAAAAAGAAUACGAAGUAAUUAAUGUCAGUCCCAUGGAAUAUACAAACAAAGUUCUCUAUGAAUUGCACCAUAAAUUACAACACAGUUCAAAGAGUCUUGAAUUCUCCGGCACUGAUGUUGCCGAAAAUGAUUUAAUUCAAUGCCGCAGGGGUAAUAGGACAAAAAAAAUUCCCAAAUGCAGAAGAUUGGUAAAUAGAGAAAAGUACGAAUUAAUUGAAAAACAAAUUUUAAGCAUGUCAAUGAUUCAAAUGCCAAACGUGAAAAAAGAUAUCCUAGAGAAAGAAAUUAAAAACUACGUUUUUCCGACUGAAAAUUUUAGUCAUGAAAUAUUUGUCCUAAGUUGGAAGCACGAGGAAAAUUAUCUCGCUCCACAGUAUGCGAAAAAAUACGUAAUUGAUCACAAAGAGGAUUUUUUGAAAUUAAAAUACAGCGAGUAUUUAGAAGAGGAAAAUUUAAAUAUAACAGACGUGACAUUGAGAAUAAACUCGAUUUACACACAGCAAGAGAGAAAUAUAAUCGAAGUAAAAACAACAUUGCAACAAAUUCUCAACGCCUACGAAUAUGGUUACGAACGAUUUUCAGCGACAUUUGAAGAUUAUUACGCACUUCGUAAUUUUGGAACAACUGGUCACAGAAGAAUAAAUCGUGACACGAACGAAGCGAAACGGAUGCAAAUUGCUCUCUAUAAUUUGGCAAUCAGACAAUCUGACGAUCCUGUUGAAAAUUUUGAUCUCGUGCUAACGACCCUCGAACCCAUGCGGAAGAAAUCUGUAAAGAAAUUAUUCUUCGAUCAGGUUGAAUACACUUUACAAAAAUUUACCAUUACGGAUAAAAAUCUAUUAAAUCAAUUUGCUUACGAUAAAAAGGAUUUUGAAUACGUUUUGCUAAAUAUGACAUUUUCGAAAACUUAUCUACGAGCAAAAAUACAACAAAAAAUGUGCUUUGUACAUCCCAUGACGAUUCUAUUACCAGGGAGUAAAUUUAUAAUCGGAGAAAUAAAUUACACUAAUCUAACAGGAGUCGGUUAUGUUUUGAAAAUUGAUUUGAAAUAUUUUCAUGAGACUAAUGAAAAAUAUCUAUGGUACCAAAAGAUUAUGAAAACUGUAAUGCAAAUCAUGUAAAUCAUGUUUAAUUGUUUUUAAUAACUAGUUUUUAAGAAUUAGUAAAACUCAACUAAACUUGACUGUAAAAAAAUUUGUGAUUACGCAAAUAAAAUCAAUGUUUUACCUGCCCAUGUAACUGAAUAAAGAAAUAGAAUUUAAACUUCAUAAAAAAAAUGUAG